AAGCCACCAAUAUAAAAACAAGGCCAUCUUAGUGUCUUCCUUCUCACUACAACUCUUCAAUGGCGGGCGGCGGGUCGGUGGUUCAGCGGCUCUACCUCUCCGUGUACAACUGGGUUGUCUUCUAUGGAUGGGUGCAAGUUCUGUACUGCACAACCUGGACAUUAUUGGCCAAGGGGCAUGAGAGUGUCUAUGAAGCUGUUGAGCAGCCGCUGCUAUUCGCACAGACUUCUGCCUUACUGGAGAUUCUUCAUGCUAUUAUAGGGUUUGUGAGAUCUCCCGUCUCUGCAACUCUUCCACAACUUUCGGGGAGGUUGUUUGUUACAUGGGGCAUCUUGUGGAGCUUUGCUGAGACACAUUCGCACGUUCUCGUUACUUCCUUGGUCCUAAGCUGGUCUAUAACUGAGGUCAUAAGAUACUCUUUCUUUGGUUUGAAGGAAGCAUUUGGAAUUAUACCUUACUGGCACCUGUGGCUUAGGUACAGUACAUUUUUUGUGUUCUAUCCUAUCGGUCUUGUCAGUGAGCUUGGCUUAGUCUAUGCCGCCCUUCCUUCCAUAAAGGCAUCUGGGAAAUACUGUCUCGAGAUGCCUGACAAGUGGAAUUUCUCCUUCAGCUACUACUAUUUUUGUAUUAUUUUAUCCAUCCUCUACAUUCCAGGGUUUCCGUACUUGUUCCAUUAUAUGCUCACUCAAAGGAAGAAGGCCUUAUCAAAGGCAAAAGCUGCAUAAUACUUCAUAAGGGCUUCCUAGUUCUGGAGUAUCCAGUAACCUGAGAAUGAUGGCUCUUGUUUGCAACUUAAUCUUCAGUGGAUGUCUGCAGACUGGGGAUUUGUUAGAAUACUACUCUUAUCUGUUGCCAACAGUGUUUGGGUGUAACAAGGAAAAAGUUAACUUUUCCAUGGAUAAAUUAAAUAAAACCAGCUAAGGAUAAUGUUCCACAAAA